AUGGCAACAUUGAGGGAAUUGUCUUUCCUAUUGACAACCUUAACAAUUGUAUUGUCUAUUUCAACAACAACGUCACAAUCUAUCAUUCAAAAUUUUCUCAAUUGUUUUUCUCAAUCAUUGAAUUCUCCUACCUCUGAUGUCAUUUACACUCCAAAUAACAUCUCAUUCUUAACUAUCCUCAACAAGAAGAUACAUAACAAGCGAUUUAAGACAGCAACAACACCAAAACCUCUAGCAAUUAUAACUGCAAGAGAUAGUUCUCAUGUUCAAGUAACAAUUAAAUGUGCCAAAAGUAACAACAUUCAGAUUAGAAUUCGAAGCGGUGGCCACGACUAUGAAGGUUACUCAUAUGUAUCAGAUGUGCCUUUUGUUAUAAUUGACUUGCUUCAUCUCAAUUCAGUUGAUGUCAAUUUACAAGAAGAAACUGCAUGGGUUGAAUCAGGUGCUACACUUGGUAAGAUUUAUUAUACCAUCGGAAAAACAAGUAAUUCUCUUGCUUUCCCAUCUGGGGUCUGUUUUACUGUGGGGGCUGGAGGUCAAUUAUCUAGUGGUGGUUAUGGAAAUUUGAUGAGAAAAUUUGGUCUUUCAAUUGAUAAUACUAUUGAUGCAAAAAUUGUUGAUGUCAAUGGUAAUAUACUUGAUAGAAAAUCAAUGGGAGAAGAUCUUUUUUGGGCUAUAAGAGGUGGUGGUGGUGCUAGUUUUGGUGUUAUUCUUUCAUGGAAACUUAAAUUGCUUCACGUAACUCCACAAGUUACUGUUUUUAAAGUGAAAAGAAAUGUGAGUGAUGAUGCAACUGAUGUUGUUUACAAAUGGCAAUUAAUUGCACCAAAGUUACCUAAUGAUCUUUUCAUUAGGGUGCAACCUAAUGUUGUUAAAAUUGGGCAAGGGGAUAAAAAGGUAGUGCAAGUUAGUUUUAUUGGUCAAUUUUUAGGGACAAUUGAAAGACUUUUACCAUUGGUGAGUGAGAGUUUCCCGGAAUUGGGUUUGAAAAAAAGUGAUUGUUUUUCAAUGCCUUGGAUUAAUUCCACAUUUUUUUGGUAUGACAAGCCAAUUGGUACUCCUCUUGAAAGUAUGUUGAAUGAACCAAAUGAUCCUCAACCAAAUUAUUUCAAAGGCAAAUCAGAUUAUGUGAAGAAACCUAUCCCAAAGGAAGCUAUAGAGUCUAUAUGGAAAUUGAUGAUUGUAGGUGAGACUUUGUAUAUGCAAUGGAAUCCUUAUGGUGGUAGGAUGGGAGAAAUAGCACCAUCAGAAACACCAUUUCCUCAUAGAGUAGGUAAUUUGUUCUUGAUUCAAUACCUUAAUAAUUGGAUUGAAGAUUCUCCAGAAGCUAUUGAACGUCAUGUGAAUUUUUCAAGGUUGUUUUACGAAUUCAUGACGCCUUAUGUUUCAAAUAAUCCGAGAGAGGCAUUCCUCAAUUAUAGAGAUUCUGAUAUUGGUGCCAAUCAUCCAAGCAAUGUAACGAAAAUUGAAAUUGCUAGAACUUAUGGAAACAAGUAUUUUAAAGAAAAUUUUGAAAGAUUAGUUAGUGUGAAAACCAAGGUUGAUCCUGAGAAUUUUUUCAGACAUGAACAAAGUAUACCCAUUAGGUCAUGUAAAAGUCAAAUAUAG